AUGUCUACCUCAUUCUCGUCGGCUCACAGGCUCUAUGUCAAGUCACUCUACCGCCGUAUGCUGAAAAAUGAACUGGACUGGGUUGUUCGCAGAGACAUCUGGCGUGGUCGUGCAAUGAUGAUUAGAGCCGAGUUCGAGAGAAACCGUGACGUGACCGAGCCGAGAGCCCUUGCCCAGAUUCUUGAGAAAGCAGAGACGCGUCUCGCAAGCAAGUUGCAUCCCGACCCUUACAUCCCUCCUUCCAUGCCAGGAGGAACAAAGUGGGAACGCAAUAUACCUCCUACCAUCGCUCCUUUAUACGACCACACAGCUGCCGUACAUCAUUAA